UAGAAUGUAAACAUCAUAACGUCAACGUCCUGUUCAAGUAUAAUAUAUAGAAAUCACAAUGUAACCAGCCACUUUAUUAAAGAAGCAACAUUAAGUAUGAACACUUGGUCCAUUUUGUACAUCCUCUUGGCUUGUUUGUACUUUGUUUAUAUUACUGCUGGCAAAAUAUUCUCCGAACAAAAAUGUGAUUGGAGGCGAGGUGAUUGUCUAACAGACACAUCCUUAAAGAAAAGGUGUGAAAGGGAUUGUUCCAGGACACCCCCUGGAUGUUUAUUUAGAGUUGACAGAUUUGGUAUUGACCUGAAGUUUCAAUGUCAUUGCUUCGAUAUCGUUGACUGUAACUUCGAUAACGAUGGGCAUUGCAAUGGGACUAAAUGUUUUUUUGGUUACUCUGGACCUACAUGCCAAAUACGUUUAUAUUACGAGUCAUUUGAAACGGCUGCCAAAAUUUACAUAGAUGUGAAUGUGCGGCACCGAAGAGCUGCGUGCCAGCCAAUUCCUAAAACGAUAUACUUUCCACAUGCAUUCAGAAUCAACAGGGUCACAUUUGAUCUUUCUUCAGUAGUUAUAAAACCAGUUUAUAUCACUUCGAUGGGAAAUCAACCUCUCAAUUGUACAUUCAACCGUAAUUCACCAAACCGUUCCGACGUCAGUUCUUAUACGACCGUUCAUGCACGGGCGAUAUCAGUACUGACUGGUUGCACAUAAAUGGAAGCAACGCCUGUAUUGACAACUUACAAAUGUCUGGAUGUCCACAAGAAUUAUUCGGUCUUGAUUGUACACAUAAAUGUCGGUGUAAGAACGGAACAACAUGUCACCAAAUAACGGGCCAUUGUAAAGAAGGUUGUGAACCCGGAAGAACAGGAUCUUCGUGUCAAUAUCAAACUUACGAAAACAUUGCCCUUGGCCAACCAGCUUUCCAGUCGUCUGAUUUUGAAGUUAAAUUCAUGGAUGGUCGCAAACUUUGCAGCUCCAAGUAUUUGGCCACAGCAGGUUUUGCUGUGGAUGGCAAAUACAACCAAAACUUCCAGCACAAGUCGUGUAGUCGCACGCAGGAAAGUUCCAGCAAAAGUUAUUGGUAUGUGAUACUGGACAGGAAUUAUACUAUAAACCAGAUUAGGAUAUACGCUCACAGUUUCUUCCAUUACAGUUUGAAUGUAUUUGUCGGGGAUAAAAACAAUCCAUGUUCCCAGUUAUGCUACAAAAGCAAAUCAACUGAAACUAUUCUUCAUAUAUCUUGUCAACGUCCGUUGGUUGGUGAAACUGUUUGUAUUAAAACUGCCAAGGAAUACGCCUCUUUGUCCUUGUGUGAAGUAGAAGUCAUCCAAUGCCGUGAAGGUGUUUACGGGCCGCUUUGUCAGCAUCAAUAUGAUCAAUUUUCUGGUGAAUAUAUGCUUGGCACCCUAAAUCGAUCUCGGAGGACUAUUUCAAAAACAUUUCCAGAAUCCACAACUGGCAUGCCAUCGGAAAGAAAACUUAAUAUCGACGCUAUCGUUGGCUGUGGUGUCGCCUUUACUGCUGUUGUUGUUGUUGUGGCAGUCAUUUUGAGGCUGUGGAUGAAAAGAAGACAAAAGCAGCCAGUUGAUGUGAACGAUAACAAAGAUCUUGAAAUGAAGUUGGUAAAAUAGAAGAUACAUAACAUUUCCUCCGCCCUCUUCAGGUGAAAAAUGAUGGACAUUUUUGUUUCUCCAUAUAAAUUAUCAGACAUUUUUAGUACACAUCUGUAACAUUUUAGUAGAAUAUUCAGUAUUAUUUAUAUUGAGUGUGGUAAGACUCUCAUUGUCAGUAUAAUAUAUAGCAGCUGUAACUAUACUAUUUAUUCUUUGAAACUUGUCUUGAUAAGGACAUGAUUUCUCCACCGAUGUCUAACCACACUUGAACUGGCGACGCCAGUGCUUGACGACGUCGUAUGAUGGUUCCUUGUCACCAUAAACUUCUUUCAGCUCAUCAAAAGUCUCUUUUGGCGUACGCCCUUUCAAGUAUAAAAACCUGAUCGCCGAUCUACAUUCAACUGCCUCCAUUAUAACACCUAAGUGCACUUCAGCAGCCGUAAAAGACAAAAAAAAAAUACUAAUGGAAAGCUGCAAUUUACAAUAUAACAUGAAGGUACAUGUAUGAUUAUACCUAUACAACUUUCGUUUCCCGCAAUGACCUGAAGUGGAUCAGGGGAAAUCUUUAAUGAACACUCCUCAUAUAUAACUUUGAAUUUGACACUAUUCUCAAGUUUGUCGCCACCAGAAACAGUCAUCCCAUGACCAUUCAACAGACGAGUUUUGUGGUUCGCAGUCUUCUCAACAAACUCUUUAUUAACACUGUCGUUAGUUUGAUAUAGUGUAUACAAAGUGACACGUCUUUCUGUCACAUACUAAUCCUAAGGCCAUGAUCUUUCUCUCGUUUUCAGCAUCUCACAACCACGACACGGACUCAAAUAUAUACAGAGCCGUUGAAAUUACUAUUACUCUUGAAAAGGAAACCCUUAAUUUAUUUGUUGUUAUUAUAAUUUUUCUCAAUUUACCUACCAAACAGGCUCUAAAUUUAGGUAAAGACAUUAUAGAUAAUACAAUCUGCCAUUUUACUUUGUUUCUGUGAUCUCAUAUCUUCUAUUAUUGUUCUCCCCGAAUAUUUAUAUUCAUCAACUUGUCUAUCCAUCUUUCCUGUUAUUCCAAUGGAAUUUAUAAUUAUAUUUUUGUUUUUAUUAAUUAUCAUUGUUUUGGAGCGGCGAGCUGGUAGAAUCGUUAGUACGCAGGGCGAAAUGCUUAGCAGCAUUUCGUCUUCACGUUCUGUGUUCAAA